UUCUGACCUCCAACGCCAUGUUGUUCCUCCUACGCAUGCGCAGAAGCGUAGAAGAGGUCGAAUUCAAUAAGUUUAUUUUUGUUCUUUAACAAAAGACAGCAAAAUGCCAUCGGACUAUGAUAAAGAUGCGUAUCCAGAGCCUCCCCGCCAGACUCCCAUCGUGGACAAGCAGACGACCCUUCCCAACCCAGCCCUGAUUUUGACUAAACUCUUCUAUUAUUCCGUGGACCUCCCUGUCACCACAUUCAGAGAACUUGUGGAGGGUAUCCACUCUGGCAACAAGUACAACUACUACCACCAGAAGUUCCGCCGUGUCCCAGAGCUGACCGAGUGCACAGAGGGAGACUACACCUGUUACUAUGAGGCUGAGAUGCAGUGGAGGAGAGAUCAUAAGGUGGACCAGGAGAUUGUGAAGGUGGUCCAGGAGCGUCUGAGGGCCUGCCAGCAGAGGGAGGGUACCAGCUACCAUCAGAACUGUUCCAAGGAGCUGCAGCAGUUUGCAGACGUGGCCAAGGCCUACCAGUCACGCUAUGGGGAUCUGGGAGCCUACGCCAGCUCAAGGAAAUGUCUGAUGAAGCAGAAAGACAGGAUGAUGGCGGCCGAGGCAAAAGCUUAAACAAUAUAACCCCUAUGUUCCAAGUCUCUCUCCUAUGUAUGAAAUGUAGAGUAAAUGUUUAUUGCGAAAAAAUAAUUGUCCUCAUUGUAUUGUUUAGCUGUAGUAACAGACAACUUUUUUGAAUGAGCUGCAUUUACCCUUGACUCCAGCAGUUUUUAGCCAUCUCCAGAACUCAAACCAUUCUUGAAUAGGAACUGUUGAGGUCUAGUCCCGCUGGGCUGCAAGUACACUGCCACAAGUAGUACUGAAUCUCAAAGUAUUUGAUUGCCCGUCCCUGCUUCUCACUUGAUCAAAACGCAUUGGGGUCUGAGUGGAAAAGUCUUGAAUACAAGAAAUGACACAUUUGGGAUUCAUCUUGGUUGAAUUCAAGUCCAGCAAUGUGAAAUAUGCAGCCAUGAUUAAAUCUACAUGAUAGCA